AUGCCGGUGUUUGGAAGCGGUCAACACCGGAUACUCUGUAUCGACCGUGCCGGGGUAUACGUAGUGUUCACCGCGUACAUCGACUGUGCCAAAGACGCGCACUAUUCCAUGGAGUUCCUGCACAUCUUCUCGCGUCUCUCCCCCGUGAACCGAGGAAUCGACACCACUGCAAAACGGAUUCCGCACAACUCCGCGCUAAGCAAGUUGAUGCGAAGACGAGCGGCGCUCGACAAGGACCCUGGUAACCUUGAAGACUACGCAUGGGCGUCGUUCGAGAAGUCGCUCAAGGAGGACUGGCCCUGGUUCAAGCUGCCGGUGGGCGAGGGACACUCAAGGCGGGAGUUCCUCGUCGGCGCCCCGCACUCUGACCAAAAAGGCACUGUCUUCGACGCGCCGGGUACUCGUGGACACUGGCACUAG